AUGAAUUUUGACGACCAGAUACAAAGAGCCAUUGCGCUCAGUCUUCAAGAAUCAACAGGCAAAGCCAAACCUUCGCAUUUUCUUGAGACUAUCGUGAUCAGCUCGGAUGACGAAGACGAUGAGCAGGUACACCAGGGGACGAAAGCGCCCCGGGCAGAGCCUCCGAAGACUCGGGAAGUAGUGGCUCCUCAAUCCUCCUUUCUUUCAGAAAGAGCGCAACUAGAGAAAGAACGUCGGGAGCGCCAGCAGCGCUAUCUGCAAGCCACUGGGAAGGGAAAGGCGCCAAAGAAUGACGAUGAUGAUGAGAUACAGAUUGUGGAGCCUUCAACGUCUCAGAAUACGAAGACCUCCUCAUCCGCACCUAUACCGCUUACAGAUCAGCUCUUCUUCGAAGGUGAAAUUCGGCCAACGGCGACGCGAUUCGCAGAGCCUCGGCAGGAUAGAAAAGCCACAUUCCGAUUAACAGAAAUCUUGGGCCCAAAAUCUGACAUAUCUUUUGCCAUUUUGUCCACUUACGCUCAUGACAUACCCUGGAUCUACCAAUUUUUUGAACGCGAGGUCCCAGUGAUCUUUGUCGCCCACGGGGAAUCAGAGGGGAUGCGAAAUAUUCUUCCAAAUUGGAUUAAGACGGUGCCCAAGCUUAUCGGGCCCUACGGAUGCAUGCAUAUGAAGUUUAUGAUUAUAUUUUACAAGACGGGUAGGCUACGCGUGGUUAUCUCCUCAGCGAAUCUGGUCCCAUUUGACUACAGAGACAUUGAAAAUGUGGUAUGGCUACAAGAUAUACCUCCUCGUGGAACUCCGAUUGCGAACGACCCCAAAGCGAAUGACUUUCCGGCUAUAAUGCAAAGGGUACUGCACAGAGUCAAUGUAAGGCGGCCACUAGAGCUGAUGUUACAGGAGCAUCCCAACCUUCCCCUUCGCAAAAUUGAGGAUUUACGUUCGCGAUGGGACUUUGGAAAGGUCAAAGUGCAUUUGGUUCCAUCGCUUGCCGGGAAACAUGACGGUUGGCCAGAGGUCACCUUGACGGGUCACACGAGACUCAUGAUGGCUAUAAGGAAUCUCGGUCUUCGAACCAAGAAGGGCAAGGCUGCGAGAAAACUGGAGGGCUCUUCUAUCGGAACAUACACCACCCAGUGGGUCAACGAAUUCUUCCACUCAGCGCGAGGGGAGAGCCCCCAAGAUUACCUCGACGAUUCUAAAGCUAAACGCUCCAAGCUUCCCUAUCCCCCACUCAAGAUCAUAUUUCCAAGCAAGAAGACUGUGCAGGAGAGCGCCCUCGGUGUGCAAGGCGGCGGUACGAUAUUUUGCCGAAAAGCCCAAUGGAGUGGCAAGAACUUCCCAAGGGACAAGUUCUAUGAUUCGAAAAGUCGCGCAGGAAAAGUCUUGAUGCAUACCAAGAUGAUCAUUGGUCUACUAUCUGAUAAACCUAUUGAUGUCGAUGACUCUGAGACCGAGGAUAGUGACAUCGAAGAGAUAGACGCUCCGAUAGGAUGGGGCUACCUAGGAUCGCAUAAUUUCACCCCUUCGGCUUGGGGAACUCUUUCUGGGAGUGCUUUUAGACCGGUCCUCAAUAUAAAGAAUUACGAGAUUGGCAUCGUUUUCCCCAUCAAAAACGAGGAGGCUUUAGAGAAGAUAACAUUUUGGGAGCGGCCACCCAAGCGUUAUGAUGAAGGCGGACCAUGGAUACAGGAAGAAUUCAACUAG